AUGGAAACCGAGAACACCACACAGAUACCAGAAUUUUUGAUCCUGGGUUUCUCAGAUGAUCCAAAACUGCAACCUGUUCUCUUUGGACUAUUCCUGUCCAUCUACAUGGUUACUGUGCUUGGGAACCUGCUUAUCAUCUUGGCUGUCAGCUCUGACUCACAUCUCCAUAACCCCAUGUACUUCUUCCUCUCCAAUCUGUCCUUUAUUGACAUCUGUUUCAUCUCAGCCACAAUACCAAAGAUGCUAGUCAACAUGUGGUCACAGAGAAAAGACAUCUCCUACAUAGAAUGUCUUACACAGGUAUAUUUUUUUAAUACUUUUGUUGGGAUGGAUGAUGUUUUACUCACUUUAAUGGCCUAUGAUCGCUUUGUAGCCAUUUGUAACCCUCUCAAAUACACGGUUAUCAUGAACCCUCGGGUAUGUGCCAUUGUAGUUCUUAUGUUUUGGAUAAUCCUGUUCUGGGUCUCCCUGAUUCAUGUUCUAUUGAUAAAUGAACUGAACUUCUCCAAAGGCACAGAGAUUCCACAUUUCUUUUGUGAACUGGCUCAAGUUCUCAAAGCAUCCAACUCUGACACUUACAUCAAUAAUGUCUUCAUGUAUGUGUUGACUUUCAUAUUCGGAGUGAUUCCGAUGACAGGAAUCCUUAUGUCUUACUCACAGAUUGUCUCAUCUUUAUUAAGGAUGUCCUCUACUCUGAGUAAGUACAAAGCCUUUUCCACCUGUGGAUCUCACAUCUGUGUGGUCUGUUUGUUCUAUGGUUCAGCAAUUGGGGUUUAUUUUAGCACUUCUGUGGUUCAUUCUACCCAGAGAAGAAUGGUUGCUUCACUGAUGUACACUGUGAUUAGCCCUAUGCUUAACCCCUUUAUCUAUAGCCUGCGAAACACAGAUGUGAAACUUGCACUUGGUGAACUUUUAAUCAGAAUUGCCAAUUGCCCAUUACAGAUCAAUGAAAUCAGAACUAAAUUCAUACUUAGAAAUAUAAGGUAA